CUACUCAUAUGAUCUGGCGGCAGUGCAGCUUUAAACAUUCGCAUUCCGAGUUUGGUUUGGGGAUCGAGCGCUGGGAUUUAGUAACUGUGAUUUACUGCUGCGUACUUUCGCUAAAGGACAGAUUAACGUUAGCCACUGUUUCAUUUGUAUUUAAGUUGUAUUUUUUUCAUUUUCUUUUUUUUCCCCAUUUAUUAGGUUCACUUGAAGGCAGCAUACUAUAUCAUUGUUUAUCAGUCAAACGUAAAAGUUUAGCGGUAAAAUGUCAACUACUCUUGUGUCAUAUGCCUGCUGCGUUUAUUAGCUGUUUAAAUGUCAAUGUUUAUACGGUCGCACUUGUCCCUGUGCUGAAAAUUUGCAACACACAUAGUUUUCGUGCUCUUACGCAGAAACGAAACUGAAGAAGCAGGAGGCGUGAUCAACUUUAUACGGACUCAAUGCAUUUCCCUGUUGACCAGAAGUAUCACGAUGGAGUCGGACGAAUAUCCGUAUCCCAUCACAGUAGAGGGAAACUGGGAUCCUGAACAAGCUAAAAGUGUGAAAAAUAAACUUCAGAUUUACUUUCAGAGUAAGAAGAAAUCUGAGGGAGGCGACUGCGCCGUGAAAUAUGACGUCAAGAGCAACUCUGCUACGAUUCUGUUCAAAUCGCCUGACAUUCGAGAUGGCGUGCUCUCAAAGGCAGAACACUUUAUUACCAUUAACAAUCAACAAAUCAAGUUGAAAGUGUACAAACCUAGCGAUGCAGAGGAACAGGCAGACAGUGCUGGACAACAAACGGACCAGGGGUUUGGAUAUCAGGAACUAACUCAAAGUGCCUCUCAGUCUGAUGUGGAUGUGAAGAAGCCUCCAGAGUCAAGUGCUGUGGUCUUGGAGAACCUCCCAGAUGAUAUUAAACAAGAUGUUUUAAGUCUUUUGGUGGAGAACAUCAGCAGUCUUUCUGAAAAUGACUUUAGCAUAGAAUUAAUACCAGAAUUAAGAAAAGCAGUUGUGACCUUUAAAAAUCCUAUUGCUGCAGAAACAUUUCUUGAGGACAGCAGGACACAUGACAGGUUCAAGAAGAAUAAUCUGAGGGCCUGUGCACUGGAGAGAAGCACAAGUGUGCGAGUGGAGAAUAUUCCAGCUGAGGCAAACAACAAUAAGAUGCUGCUGGAUCUGUAUUUUGAGAAAUGGGGCGGUCCAGUAGAGGAAGUUAUCAAAAUUGCAUCAGAACAAGCAGCCAUUAUUAUCUUUAAGGAGGAAGAAGCCAAAGAGAGAGUUUUGAAGCGACAGAAUAACAUCUGUGAAGUUCCAGUCAAGAUAUAUCCCUACUUCAAAUCACUUGAUACUGUCUUAUACGGUGGCACAAGACCACAUUUGAAGCUGCCUGAACCCAUUACAGUCAGUGUACAUCCUGCCAUCAGGGAAUUCAUCCUCAAGAAAGGCCAGAUUUCCUCUAUUAAAGAACAGAUGAGCCCACACUUCUGCCAGAUAAACAUGGACAAACCUAAAGUUUUUCUCAGUCCUGAUCCAGCAUUACUGAACCAGAAAGGACUUACCAGAAGACACAUUGAUGACUGGAAUACGAAUGCAAUUGAUGUCUUCAAGAAAAUCAUCUCCAACUACACAACAUCUGAGUGGCCGGUGUCACACGCCUUGUGGUCUAAAGUGGAAAGUGAUAUUAGGAAAGUAGUGAAAGAUCAGGUUUUUACAUAUUUGGAUGCCUCUAAAGGGGUGCUGACACUGGCAGGAAUGACCCAUGAAGUAAUUGGAUUGAAACCCAUCAUGGAGAAAAUCUUAGAGAGAGCAACAAAUCAAAUGGAGAGAGAAAAGAACAGUGUGACAGAGUACAUGGAAAUUUCUCCUGCCAUGUACUCUCUGCUUGAACGAGAUGGCCUGAACAGUGCUACACCUGUUUCUCCACAUCUGCAUAUUGACUACAACAAAAAAGUGAACAGAUUAGUUUUAUCAGGUCUUCAUACAGAAACUCUUGCCAUCAAAAAUUGGGUCCUUGAGAAGAAAGUAAGUAUGAAACAGAAGUCCUUACAGAUUAAUCGUUCAAUCAUGGAGUUCCUGAGAUCAGUGGAUUGUAAUGAAAUGUCCACAGAUCUCUUCAUAUCUCAUGGAAUAACUGCUGUCUACACAAUCGAAAAUGGAGAUGUUGUUGUGAUUGGGAGCACAGAAAGAGCAUUUAAUGAGGCAGAGAAGAGGAUAAAUACAGUUCUUACAUCCAAAGGCCUCACUGUAGAAGAUCAGCGUGUCCUUCAAAUGCCAGAGUGGCAUGAUCUCAAAAGACAACUGGAAAAUUCAUUCAGUACUUUCAAAAAGAGAUCUGUGUUUAUAAACUUCUCUAAAAAGAGAGACAAAGUUAUAGUGACAGGAUUCAGAGAACCGGUGAUGGAGGUCAGUCAGGACUUAGGACGAUUCAUUGAGAAACACACUAGAAUUGAAGAAACUGUUCGUGUCAAAUCACAUGCAGCAGUUGAAUUCAUAAAAAACAGAAAAUCACAAGACUGGCAGCAUUUUAUUAAGUCUGAUGAGGUGAAAGUGAGUUUUGGUCCAAAGAGACCCUGGAUCAAACUGUCUGGAAAGCGUACAUUUGUCCAGCCAGCUUUGACUCUAUUUGAAAGGUUGGCAGAUGAUCUCUACACAGACACAAUGAUCAUUAAAAAGGCAGGAGUAAAGAAGUACUUCAUGGAGGAGGGCAAAAUGAUGUUUUCAAUGCUGUUGAAGGAAAAAAGAUUUGUUGUGGUUCUUCAGGAAGAUGACAUGUUGAAAGAGGAGGAAGAUAAAUGUACUGAAGGAAGUUUUGGAGAUAUUGACCAGGUAUCUUGUGUGGUUCGAAUGCCAGGUGGUGUAACUGUAACUGUCAGGAAGGCAAACAUUUGCAAGCUCCAUGUUGAUGCUGUGGUCAAUGCUGCUAAUGAAGAUCUGAAGCACAUCGGUGGUUUAGCUUUAGCACUUCUCCAAGCUGCUGGACCAAGUCUGCAGCAAAUCUGUGACCAACACACAAAAGCAAAUGGACCACUGAUGCCUGGAGAUGCCAUCAUCACUGCUGCUGGUCGUCUUCCCUGUAAAUAUGUAGUGCACGCUGUUGGACCUCGUUUCAGUGAUUCAGACAGACCUACUACUGUUCAAUGCCUGAGACGUGCUGUGAGGGAGAGUUUGAAUCAGGCAACAACAAGAAACUGCUCCUCCAUUGCAAUUCCAGUUAUUAGCUCAGGGAUAUUUGGCUGUCCUCUUGAACUUUGCACUGGAUCAAUUGCAAAGGAGGUGCAUGAGUACAUUGAAGAUCACAACCACAGAGCCUCUAAUAGCACCUUAACUGAAAUUCACUUGGUUGACAAUAACGGCAACACUGUGAAUGCCAUGACUCAAGCUGUCAGUAAAGAGUUUGCUGCUUAUAUCCCCAAAAUAACUUUCAUUCACAAAGCCAAACUCCAUGGGUAUCGUGGCCGUGGUCGUGGCCGUGGUCGUGGAAACUAUAUCCAAAAAAACAAACAGUUUGAAGGUCCCAAAAGCCACGGAUACUUUGAAGGACAACCAUAUUCAAAAUCAAGACCAGAUAAAUCUGAAGGCUUAAGUGUUCUUGAGACCAAAACUACACAAGAACGACUAAAAUUCAUUCUGAUCAAAGGGAACAUCCAGGAUGCAUACGCUAAUAUCAUUAUAAACACUAUAUCGGAGGACUUGGACCUUAGUAAAGGUGCCAUCUCCAAAGCACUCCUUCAGACUGCUGGUUAUCAGCUCCAGUCAGAAGUCAACACAGCUGCUCGCUCAAACAAUGUGAAUUAUGGUGAAAUGCUCAUCACAGAUGGUUAUGGAUUGAAAUGUCAAAAUGUGUUCCAUGUAGUUUGCCCAUUUUGGAGACAAGACUCAGAAGAUAAGGUACUGGCUCAGAUCAUUAGAGAUUGCCUGAUUAAAGCAGAAAGCUUGAGAAAGGCUUCAGUCGUCUUCCCAGCUAUCGGAACUGGGAAUCUUGGCUUUCCCAAAGAUCUAGUAGCCAGAAUCAUGCUGACAGAAGUCCAGAAAUUUAAGCCUACAAACCUUCGAAAGGUAACUGUGAUUGUGCAUCCUUCUGACAAGGAGAGUAUAGAGUGCUUUACCAGAAUCGUUAGACAUGGGAUUCAGGGUCCCAUUACAAAAGAACCACAUCAGUAUGCCCUGCCUAAUAUUUCAAGCAAAUCAGCUCAGAAAUCUGAGCUUGUUGGCAAAGUCUCAUCUCCCUCUCUUGGGGUGCACACUAUGCAGCUGGGUCAAGUGACUCUGGAGGUUUCAUCUGGAGACAUAACUAAAGAAAAAACUGAUGCCAUUGUCAACUCCUCAAAUCACACAUUUUCUCUGAAAGCAGGAGUAUCCAAGGCCAUUUUAGAUGCUGCUGGAGUACAAGUGGAACAAGAAUGUUCAAAGAUUGUGGGAUCAUCAAAUAUACAGCAAACAGAGAUUGUGACCUCAGCCGGGCAGCUUCCAUGUGGAAACAUCAUCCACGUUACUGGACACAAAAGUCCAUCUGACAUUAAGGAUGUUGUUUUGUCUGUUCUGAUGUUAUGUGAGUCACGCCAGAUUACUUCUGUUGCCUUCCCAGCUCUUGGCACUGGUCAGGGAGGUGCAAAUCCAGCUGAUGUUGCAGAUGCAAUGGUUGAUGCCGUUGUUGAAUUUGAACAGAAAAAGAAACCAGCGCAUGUAAAAUUUGUGAAGUUUCUUAUGUUCCAGUCGAACAUGGUGGCAGACUUCCACCAAAGCAUGGUCAGAAGAUCUGGUGAGAAAGUAGAAGGGGAUAAAAGUGAGUUUACCAAAAUUAAAGAAGAAAGUUCAGAAUCUCUCACAAAGGAAGAGUCUGUAAUGGUAGGGGAGGAAAUUGAGCCAGUUGUGUUUCAACUGUGUGGAGAGACACCACAGGACCUGAGUGAAGCCAAGGACAUGAUCAACAGUUUGAUAUUACGGGAGCAUGUGACCAUCCCAAUCCAUGAUCCAGCCAUUGCUCAUUUCACCAGGAAGGAUGCAGAAACACUGAAUGCCAUGCAGAGGGAGCUCACAGUCAGUGUCCAGCUUGAGAAGAAAGGCCAAGACUCUGUCAUCACACUGGAGGGCCUGACAAGAGACGUUCACACUGCAGACAGUCGUAUUCGAGACAUGAUCCACAAAGUAGAAAAGAACCAAAACCGAAGAAGUGAGGCAUUUAUAAUUAGCAGAGUGAUAAGGUGGGAAUAUCAGGAGAUUGGACACAGCAUCGAAAACUUUGAUAUAUUUACUAAUUAUGAGCUGGAACAGGCCUUUCAGAAGAGACAGCCUUCAGUGAGAAUAAAGAUAAAUAAUGAUGAAUAUGAUGCUGAUUUAGAUCUCAAAGUGGCCACAAGAGGGCAACUGAUGAUUUCACUGAACAGAGUAGAAUUGUAAAAUUAAUUUAUUUUAUAAUUAAGACAUGGAUAAGAAUGGCAUCAUGUACAAAAAUCACUUCCUCAAGUAAUUAAAAGUAUCCAUUUUGUUGUCUGCAGAAGCUUAAAUCUAUUUUCCAUUAACUAAACUAAAAUGUAUUCUUGCCAUUUGAUUGAAAGAACAGAACAGCACACUUUGGAAAAAGUAUAUGAUCAAAACACAUUUACAAAAACAACGGAAAGCACCAGUCAGAUCAACAGUCAUGACUUCAAUCACAGCUUUGCUGGAAUGUAUCAGUCAAAUUCAGUGUGAACUGUUUUUAGGAGCCUUCUAUGGGAAUAGUAUAGAUUUUGUAGUGGACCUGAGUUACUCAGCCCAAAGCCACAUAAAACCUGACGUUAACGGAUAUAAAUGCAUGUACCUUUCCAGUGAGGUUGUCAAUUUAAAUCAAGGAGUGAAAUCUUGUUCGGCCUAUGAAAAGUUGACAGUGUGACUAACAACAUGACCAAUUUAGCCAAUACCUAAUCACCUGAUCAGUUUCCUGUAAUAAUUAUGAGAUACAUUUUUGUCAGCUAUAGUGUUUUUGUUUCUGUGUUAUGUUGUUUCUGUGAAGGUUAACACAUAAUGUUUAAGUAUAUAAUGUAUAUGUAAUAAUUACUGGCAGGAAUUACAGUAACUAUUACAGUAUAGACUCUAGCAACCUGCUCAUAUAUUUCCAAAAGAAAAGAAAAAUCUUUAAAAACAUUAAAGUGAUCCCGAGAAAGUCUACAGUACAUACAAUUCUGAAAACAGGGCUGGUUCCUGACACUCACUAUAGCUGUUUUAAUCUUAUACUGUAAUUCAUAUAUUUAAUCUAUAACUAAUCAGCAGUUAUUUUUUUAUUUUAUUUUUUUUUAAGAUACUGAAGUGUUUCCUAACAAGGAAAAGAGUGUUUUGAGUAUUUGGGGAUUUGUUUAUGGGGUUCAUGAAAUUAUACAUACAAUUAUGUAACCAUAGAUCUAACAAAGGACUUCAGUAAAUAGUGAUUGGUGAAUAAAAAUGUGAAUUAUUUACUACAGUACGUCCUUUAAACCAGAUAUGCCUAAACCAGUGCCAUUAACAUUUUAUUAUUAUUAUUUGUUUAUUAUUGCAUUACAAUUUAGAAAAUAUAAAUAAUCUGAUUUGAAAAAAAAAAGAAAAGUAGACUUUAAUAUAAAUAUUUCAUAUAGUGCAGGGGGCUAUUUCAAUCUAUUACUACCAUUUACAAGCAUGUAAACACGUUUGUAAUUUUCUUUUUCGAAAAGAUCUUAAAAUUGUCAUCCAUGCACUAAUCUCUUCCAGGCUCGACUAUUGUAACUUGAUUCAAUAGGUGAUGAUUUUAAGAUCCUUCUUUUUGUAUACAAGGCAUUGCAAAAGUCAGCCCCAGUUGGAUUAUAUCUGUGAUCAUAUCCAGCCAUAUCUUGUAACCAGCUUAUUUGAUCUGUGCCUCGUUCUCGCUGUAAAUCUGAAAGUGACAGCUUUUCGCCGUUGCUGCCCCUAAACUCUGGAACAGUUUACCCUUUACUUUCAGGGCCUCUCCAUCAGUCUGUGUUUUUAAAUAAAACUUAAAGACUAAUUUUUA